GUGGUGAAAAACAUUUUAAUAGAAAUCGCUUAACGGAAACUUUAUUUUGAAAAGUCGGCGUUUUUCCACCCACGAAGAGGCCGAAGUAGUAAUCCUAGGUUUGCGAAACUCUCGCACUAAUUUAACCUCAACGUAGCCCUAAUCUUAACCUAAUUUUAACCGAUAUCUAACCGACAACCUAAUCUCGACCUAAUUUAACCGAACGUUUACUUUAUUCUCUCCCAUCUACCAUUGUUAAACCAAGUGCGCAUGUGCGAAAAUUUCACAACUCUAGGGUUACCGUCUAGGCAGGAUCCCUCAGAUGAGCCUGACGGCAGUUUGUGUCAUUUAAACAAUUUCUGUUAUAGAACGGGACGUUGGCAAUUCAACAGACUUUCAACAAACGAGCUGCUGUAGCCGCCGGUAAGCAAUGAAAGCUGUUAUCCUGGCUGCGGGGUACGGAACCAGGCUGCAGGCGGACGUGGAGGCGGACACCAGCGGACGGUCCCAACACCUGGCCGGCGUCGCCAAACCUCUUCUGCCCGUAGGACGCCGGGCUCUCGUAUCACACUGGGUACGAGCCCUGACGCGAUCCAGCUGUGUGGACACCAUUUAUGUCGUGACAAAUUUUCUUUACAAUGACGCAUUUGAGAGAUGGGCGGAAGAGUUCUCAAAUGUCCAGAUUCUCAGCGAUCAGACCAAGAGCAAUGAUGAGCGUCUUGGUGCUGUCGCUUGCUUGCAGCUUGCAGUCAAGCACUUCAAGAUAGACGAUCAUUUAAUAGUUAUUGGGGGUGACACACUCUUCAGAGAAGAUUUUAGCCUCACCAGAGUGAAUGAGAGGUUUUCUGAUCUUCAAGCUAAGUGUGAGGACAGCUGUCUAGUGCUCUCUUAUCAGUGUAAAGAUGACGAAACACAUAAAUAUGGAAUAUUGGAGGUGGACGAAGAUCUCCGUGUCCACUGCAUGAGGGAGAAACCUCUUCCAUCUGAGACAAAAUCAAGAAGGGCAUGCCCUUGUUUCUAUUUGUUUUCCAAAAACAGCCUUCAUCUUUUGGAUGCAUUUCUUGAAGAAAAAAGGAAAGCACCUAUUGAAGAGAAAGAUGCUCCCGGAAACUUUGUAUCCUGGCUUAUUCGAAGGACGCCGGUGUACAUUCUUCAGAUUUCUGGACGAUUUGAUGUUGGAAACCUACCGUCCUAUACUGCAUGUGACCUUUAUUUCAGAGAACACCUUCAAGACAUCGAGUCAUACAUGGUGUAGAGAUGAAAAACAU